AUGCGGCUGCAUAGUUCGCAGUGCCUUAAAUCUGCCCCUGCUUAUGUCAUGUUAAACUUCAUUGUGAAUACACCAGAGCCCCAAGAUUCUCACCAUGACACGAUUGACACAGAUUUAGAUGAAUUACCAACGCCUACCUCUACAAAAAAAGGUAAAGAAAAAAGAUUUUAUAAUAAAAAAUGGGAAAAUGAUUUUCCAUGGCUUUAUUUUGAUGUUCAACGUAAUGGUGCUUUUUGCAAAUUAUGUGAAAAACAUGCUGUAAAUGAUUCCGUACUAUUGACAAGCACAGGGGGAGUUUUUAUUAAAACACCAUUUAACAAUUUUAAAAAAGCACUGGGAAAAGAUGGUAAAUUAAAUAAACAUAACGAUUCUGCAUCACAUAUUCGCAGUAUAGAACAAGAAAGACUGACUUUAGUAUUCUCGAAAAAUCCUGUUUAUUGCCAAAUUUUAAAUCAAAGUUCCGAAGAAUGUAAAAUCAAUAGAAAACAUUUCUCUCUUUUAUUUCGCUCAAUUUAUUUUUUGGCUAAAGAAGAAAUAGCACACACAACCAAAUAUGAACCUUUAAUUAAGCGUUUAAUUAUGAAAAGUAGUGAAUCAUUUGAAAAUUGGAUCGUCACAAAUAGUGACAGAUCUACAUAUAUUAGCAAAGCUACAGCUAGUGAGCUUUUAUGUUGUGCAUCAGAAAUAUUAUGCAAGAAAUUAAAUAAUGAAGUUUUUGGAAAACAAUUUUCCUUAAUGGCCGAUGAAAUUGAACAAUUUCUUGGUAUUAGAGAUUUAUCUGAUACUAAAGCCCAUACAAUCGUAAACGAAAUAAGUUCUGAAUUAACAAAACACAAUCUGUCCUACCAAAAUAUUAUUGCAUGUGGUUUUGAUGGGGCUGCAAACAUGUCGGGAAAUAAAAGUGGAGUUCGUAGACUUAUUAGUGAAAAAGCUGGAAGGGAAGUUCCUUAUAUACAUUGUCGAGCACAUGUAUUAUCACUUGCACUAACGAGUAUGCGUAAUAAAUUUCCAAAAAUUAAACGCGUUUUUCAUGUCUUAAAAGAUAUUUACAAAUUAUUUCACCAAUCGCCCAAACGCGAGGAAAUGCUUCACAGAGUGCAAACCAUAAUUAAUGAUCCUAUUUUAAAAGUACCAGAGGCUAUAGAAAUCCGUUGGUUAAGCCACUACAAAAUUGUCCAUGCAAUCAAACAAUCGUAUAUUGCUAUCGCUACAACUUGUGAACAUAUACAUCAAGAUGGUGCCGAUUUAGCCUCAUUAGCAGAACAAGUAAUAAAAGAGAUGGAUCGUCGAUUUAAUGAUACAGCAGCUAAGCUCAUAGAAGGGUGUUCAAUAUUUGAAAAUUAUAGUAUGUUAUCAGAUGCAUCAGAAAAAUUGAUUGAACAAUUGUGUGACUGUUUAUCUAUAUCUGAAUAUGAUAAAGAAUGUAUAAUAUUAGAUUUCAAGUCUUUUAAAUUUGUAGCUUUGAAUAAAAAAGAGAUUGGUGGAAACCCCAUAUCUGAUCUUCUUGAAGUUAAUAUGGGUUAUCAACAUUUAAGAAAAUUAGCAGAAUCAGUUUUAUGCAUACCAAUUGCCACUGCUACAGUCGAACGAUCAUUUAGUGCAAUGAAUCGAAUUAUGUCAAAACUUCGAAAUCGUAUGGGACAAGAUACAUUGGAAUAUUGUAUGAAAAUAAGUAUUGAAGGCGAAGAAGACCCACCUCAGGAGUUCAUUGAAGAAACAAUUGAUUUAUAUGGAUCUUCUUCAGAUUUAAAUGGUUAA